AUGAGUCUUGAAAGUGAAGCCAGAACGUUUCGAUCGCCCCCAGUUCCUAAAGAGCAGCAAAAGACAGAUUCCACAGAGUCACUCAAAGCUGUCAAACCUGGACAGGAAGAGGAAGGCUCUAUCCAGGCUAAGGGUCAGAGUGCAAGCUCUGCUGAAGUUAAAGGAAAAGAGAAGAUGCGGAUGAAGCCGCGUAGCACACAUGAGCUCUCUGUAGAGCAGCAGCUGUACUAUAAAGAAAUCACCGAAGCUUGUGUGGGAUCCUGUGAAGCUAAAAGAGCGGAAGCACUGCAGAGCAUAGCAACAGACCCAGGGCUGUACCAGAUGCUGCCAAGGUUCAAUACCUUCAUCUCUGAGGGUGUCCGUGUAAAUGUUGUUCAGAAUAAUCUGGCUCUGCUGAUAUACUUAAUGAGGAUGGUGAAGGCUUUAAUGGACAAUCCAACUCUAUAUUUAGAGAAAUAUCUCCACGAGUUGAUCCCAGCUGUGGUGACGUGUAUUGUGAGUAAGCAGCUAUGUCUGAGGCCUGACGUGGACAAUCACUGGGCUCUGCGAGACUUUGCUGCCCGGCUGAUGGCUCAGAGUUGCAAGACGUUCAGCAUGACAACCAACAACAUCCAGUCACGUAUCACCAAGACCUUUACUAAGGCAUUGUUGGAUGAUAAAACUCAGUGGACGACUCGUUAUGGUUGCAUUGCUGGACUUGCUGAACUUGGGCAUGAU